UUGCUGUCUUUUUGGUUCGACUGAGAAUCUAGGGCUUUUCUCUCUACGGAAAACUGCGGGCAAAGCGAAUUAAAGGUCCAUAUCGGCGAGGUGAAGCUCCGUCAGAAAAUUGUGGGAAGGCAGAGAGAAUAUAGAACUGAAGCUACCAUUUGAACGUCCCUCAGUUUCUUACUUUGUUGAAUCCUGACGAUUUUCCUUUACGUCGCCCGACAUCCAAAACGUCUUGCCGGUGCUUCAGACUUAUCUUCUUAUCGAGAACAUGUUGGAAAACGAGUCAAACCCAACAAUCAGCAAGUCAACUGGCCUGCCUAGGAAACGCUUCUACAGAGCACGAGCACAUAGCAACCCACUAAGUGACUCACACUUCCCUGUUCCAAUCUCCCCUGGUCAUGUUGACUAUUCCUUUCAUUACCCUCAAUUAGUCUCAUCUGAUCAAGCAGAUAGUAACAAGAAGAUCGAAUUUGCAGAUGUUGGUUGUGGUUUUGGGGGGUUACUUAUUAGUCUUUCAACCCUUUUUCCUGAAACCCUAAUGAUUGGUAUGGAGCUUAGGGACAAGGUGACAGAGUAUGUUAAGGAACGGAUUUCUGCACUAAGGGCAACCAAUCCAGGUCAAUACCAAAAUAUCUCAGUGGUUCGGACCAAUUCCAUGAAAUACAUACCGAAUUACUUUGGGAAAGGACAACUUUCAAAGAUGUUUUUCCUAUUCCCAGAUCCCCACUUCAAGGAGAAGAAUCAUCGCCGGCGGGUUAUUAGUCCACAUUUGCUAGAUGAGUAUGCCUAUGUUCUUGAGAUUGGUGGUAUUAUCUACACAAUUACAGAUGUGGAAGAACUAGGUGAAUGGAUGAAAGCCUGCUUGGCUAGUCACCCCAUGUUUGAAGCCCUUACAGAGGAGGAGCUUGGAGCAGAUCCUGUCAUAAAGCUUUUAAGUACAGCAACUGAAGAAGGACAAAAGGUUGCAAGGAAUGGGGGACAAACAUUUCAAGCAGUAUACAGGCGUAUUGCACCAUCUCAAUAGCAUGUUGCAAAAACUUGGGCCUAGUUCAACAAAUAGUUAACUCAUUUGGUUAGUCAGUUUUCCAGUGUUAAUUAUUGCCCUUCUUAUUAUUUUAGUAAAUUCUUGUCAUUAUUAUGUUGGAGGUGUAUUUUAUUUAUUUCAGCUUACAUCUUUACAAUUA